AUGGCGCUCCUGUCAAAUCAAGGAAUCUAUCAUCAAUCAACGGAUAUGAUCAACAAUUACCAGACGGGAAAUCGAUCCUACGGAGAUCCCCUCUAUCCAUCACCGUACAACUCUCCGGACUACGACAAUUUGCCAGGCUACAGAGAACAUUACACCGCGAAUCUUGAAGUCAAUGUUAAUAAUCUUACGCCGAGGCGGGAUUUAGAAAACAUCGAGUUCCCCAGUGAUCAAUGUCAUGAGUAUGCUAAAACUCCAGAGGGAUAUGAAAGAGAGCCUUACGGUGUUCUUACACCUUUAACACCGCAGAAAUUUGUAACUCAUGGAUCUGUUGAACAUAUCACGUCACCAAGAUCAACACUAUAUGAAGACAACUCAAUGGAGUGUCAGGUACCUGUUUAUUGCUACGAGACACCACCACAAGAACCCAGAUACCUUAUUGACAAUGACACGUGUCAACGGAGCAGCACUGACGCAAGGAAAAAUUAUUGGGAACCUGUUGCAAGUCAGGUCCAAGACUCGCCAACUUCAAGCCCCAGAAGAGGAAGAAGAAGGUCCCGAAAUGUCCCUCCAUCGCCCAGUAUUGUAAAACGCCGACGAUUGGCGGCAAAUGCCAGGGAAAGACGUCGUAUGAACGGACUUAACGACGCAUUUGAUAAAUUGCGCGAAGUGGUGCCCAGUUUUGGCGCAGACCACAAAUUAAGUAAGUACGAAACGCUCCAGAUGGCGCAGAGUUACAUCGUUGCGCUCUGCGAAUUGUUGGAGCAACACGACGGUAAAGUUUGA